UUUGUUUACUUUCGUCAGUUUCUCAAGCUAUCACAGAAUGAGUGCGUUGUGUUUAUUUUAGUAAUUAAAAAAAUACAGCUUCAAUUGUUUAUUUGUAUCUGCCAAUCUUAUCACUCCUUGCCUAUUACUUGAAAAAUGUCUGACUUGUCCAUGAGAGCACACUAAAAUGCCACUGUCCCAUUUUGAUGAGCGGAGUGGUGCUGUGAGUUGCCCAACACCCUGGGGUCGCUGGUGGCAGACAGUCGGUGAAGUGUUUGUUGAGAUUGAAGUUCCCAAAGGCACACGAGGCAAAGAUGUUCGAAUCCAGAUCACUCCCAGACACAUUUCUUGCACAGUGCAUAGCAAAGAGCUCUUUUGUGGGAAUCUUCAUCGCACUGUUGUUGCUGAUGAAUCAACAUGGACCAUUGAGGAGCGGCAGCGGGUAUUGAUUUUGCUUGUUAAGACAGAACCUGCUAAUUCUGAAAAGGUGUGGGAAUCAUUGCUUGAUGGACAGUAUGCACCAGAUCCACAAAUCAUGCAUGAGAUGAUGAAGAAACUGGACCUGGAGAAGUUUCAAAUAGAGAACCCAGGCUUUGACUUCAGUGGAGCCAAACUAGAUAAAGCAUAUGACCGCAUUCCAGGCCUUCAUGACGGCACUUUAGAAAGUCAAGCAAUGGGACUUCAUCUGGAACAGGCCAAGGGUGAAUCUACUGCCAUGCUAAAUUCUAAAGCUGGGAGCUUUUCUUUGUAACAAAACUUUUCAGGACUGCCUUCUUAUUCCUUCACCAGCAUUUGUUCCUUCGACAUUUAUUGUUUGUUUUUCUCUGAGGCGUGUGUUUGUACUUAGCCCUGUAAAAUUCUGUGUUGACAGGUGUGUGAGCAAUUUUUUUGCUUUGAGUUUUAGGCCUAGAUAGAAUCAUUGGAAGGAUUCUAAAAUGCGCUCACAGUAUGUAUGUCACAUUAAAACACGAAAAUUACCUGUAAGAAGGUAUAUGCGGCAGCUGAAACUGCAUAUAAAACAUUGACAGUGAGAACAGUGAUCAUGUCUUUUGACGCUGACUCAAACUCUUGCUGAACCAAGCUUCCAUGCAUCACUCUGGCUUCUAUGCUGUCAAAAAGUGCCUGGAUUACAUUAGCCUCACAUUAUUCACCAAGAGAAGCUACACAGUGUAGCCACUGGAUGUUUCUUGCAUUUAAAAUUUAGCACCAAACACAUUCUUUUGUAUACCAGCAUGGAAAUAUGUGGGCAUUCAUACCAAGUAUGGUGUAGCUUUCCACACAAAGGUAAACGAAUGCAACACCUUAUCAAGGUGAAGCACUUUAUAUUUUUGUUAGUGUCGUGAUCUUUUUUUUUAUAGUCAAUGGUAGAUGUUGUCAUAGAAUUAUUUGCUUGCUAGAUCUGUGAAGUGAAGUUGGAAUGUGGCCAAAACCAUAUUGGAAGCCCUAGUUAGCAUUGAAGCAUCAGUGACUUGCCAGACACUAGCAACUAGUGGGACCCACCAUAGUUGCUCAGUGGCUGCUGAGCACGAGGUCGCGGGAUCAAAUCCCGGCCACGGCGGCUGCAUUUCGAUGGGGGCAAAAUGCAAAAACACCCGUGUACUUAGAUUUAGGUGCACGUUAAAGAACCCCAGGUGGUCCAAAUUUCCGGACUCCCCCACUACGGCGUGCCUCAUAAUCAGAUCAUGGUUUUGGCACGUAAAACCCCACAAUUUAAUUUUUUAACUAGUGGGCAAAUGUCCAAGGUUUAAGUAAAAGCACAUGUUUUGUUGAAAGAAAUAGGUCACAACAAUACCUUGAUUUGGGUGAGUUGGUUCAUCUGGACAACGUUCAUAAAACAGCGCUGAAGACGAAAAGAACACGCCCGCCCAUCAGUGCCUGUCCUGUCGUAUGUGCUCUUUUCGUCUUCGUCUUUAGCACUGUUUUGUGAACACUGUCGAAAUAGGCCAAAGUAUAUUUUAAUGAUGGCUGGCAGUAUCUGACCCAGUGACUAAAGAAUAGCUGACAAUUGCCAAAGUAAAAACAAAAGCUUUAUGCAUCUCUAUGUUAAUGUAGAUAGUGCUUUAUAGCAAUGUAUGGACUCGGUGCAGAUAUUACUUGAGGCCAGGAAAGGUCUUAUAGGUUCUUAGCAGUACGCAUUAACCAUUCAAUGAUUUAUAAAACUUCUGUCUUGUAUAAGUACUUUUGGUUUCUUUGAAAAUGCCUACACUGUUUAGUUGUACCAAAUUUUCCCAACCAGACAGCAUGUAAACUUGCAAAAUGACUGGUGUGUUUUUUUAAUGUGAGGACAUGUGUGCCGGUGUUUUCCAUACUAAAGUGUGCUGUUUGUGCUACUUUUUUUAAUACUGCUCAGUGCUACCUCAAACUCUGUUGCAUGCCCAACAGGCAAAAAGUAAUUGCAGAAGCUGCCUUGAGCAAUUGCAGGGGAUUAGUUUUAUUUUCCCCUGUGUUGCCCUGUAGUGUAUGUUAUCUGCAGCAUGUUAUCAGAGAAUAAAUGUCUGUCACACUUUGAA